AUGCACAAGGAGAAGGAAGAACUACACGCGCACAGAAGAGAGCAUCCACACUACGACCACAUCAUGCCAGAUGGCGAGAUGUUCCUUCAAGCGCUCAACGGUUUUCUGAUGAUCCUGACUUGCGAAGGAGAGGUGUUCUUCGCUACACACAGCAUCGAGAGCUACCUUGGCUUCCACCAGUCAGACAUAGUUCACCAGUCCGUUUACGAGCUGGUGCAUUCUGAGGACCGCGAGGAGCUGCAGAGACAAUUGCUGUGGAACUCCUUCCUAUCACCAGAAUCGAGCAACUUAACGCUUCAGGACGUCCUAAGACCUGAACGAACGCACCUUCUGGAGAGGAGUUUUACCGUCCGAUUUAGAUGUUUACUCGACAACACAUCGGGUUUCUUGAGGCUCGACAUCCGAGGCCGUAUCAAGGUACUUCACGGCCAGAAUAAGAAAACGGAAGAGCCCCCUCUAGCCCUUUUUGCAAUAUGUGCGCCCUUUGGUCCACCCAGUUUGCUGGAAAUACCGCAGAAAGAAGUCAUGUUCAAAAGCAAACAUAAGCUUGACCUUUGUCUUGUCUCUAUGGAUCAAAGGGGCAAAAUGCUGCUGGGUUACACCGACGCGGAACUUGCCAACAUGGGAGGCUACGACCUGGUGCACUACGACGAUCUGGCUUACGUGGCGAGCGCGCACCAAGAACUACUAAAAACCGGCGCGUCGGGAAUGAUCGCAUACCGCUUCCAAACGAAAGACGGCCAGUGGCAAUGGCUGCAAACUUCAUCAAGGCUUGUCUACAAGAACUCCAAGCCGGAUUUUGUCAUCAGUACGCAUAGGCCCCUCAUGGAAGAAGAAGGCAGGGAUCUGCUCGGCAAGAGGACGAUGGACUUCAAAGUGAGCUACCUCGACACCGGUCUCACCAGCCUCUACUUUUCCGAGACGGAGCAGUUGUCUGGCUGUGAAUCCACCGUCACCACCCCACCGAGGGCGGCUAGGCGGUACAAGACGCAGCUGCGCGACUUCCUAUCAACUUGCCGGAACAAACGUAGAGUUCCCUCCACGCCAGCUCCACCACCCGUCGACUAUCUAGCCGCGGACGCGGUCGCAGCGGCGUACACGAACCUCAACGGGGCGUACACAGGCCCGUACGGGGAAUACCCCCCAGCCCCGGCCUUGCACUACGCGCCUCCACCGCUGGACGAUAGAUUCCUGGCGGCGGACAACCUCUUCCACCAGUAUAAGCCACUGUCUUACCACUACACUCCUUACGCGCCUAACGGCUUCUUGGAGCCGGCGCCGCCGGGCUACGAGGUGGCACCCGCGUACCACAGACCACCGUCGAGGGAGUACACAUAUGUGGAUAGUACGGGAAGGUAUAUGAGCCCCGUGACGGGCCAGGAGAGGAGGUCGCCCAGUGUGGUCGCCGGCCCCAGUCCAGGGGGCUCUAGUGGCUCGACCGAGCAGGAAAGACUGCAACAGACCCAAGCCCCAGAGAUGCCAAGGCAGACGGUGCUAAUGUGGGGCGCCGGCGGCACCGCUCAAGAGGUGCCCGUGGAGUACUCUCCCCCUCAGGUUUGGCGCUACCACCCCUCGCAUUACCACACCGCUGAAGCAACUCAA